AUGCGCAACUUGAUAAACAUGGUCAAAGAAGAGACCCAGUGGAUCGAAAUGCAACCAGCCAGUGUGGAUGAAAUGAGCAUAUCACUUCGAUCCGGUCUCCAAGAGUGGGAGAAAUACCAUUGUCAGAAACACGGUGGCCAUCCCGUCCGAGUUCGCGGUCUUCUUCUCUGUCCGGGUGUUUGCGGUGCCCGGGAAGUAUUGUCUGUGGUCGCUCAACUAUACGGGGAUGAAGGACAAUCCACGGGAAUACCCCCCAUAAGAAUUGGAUGCGUGGCUACUUGUGUGGAUAUUCGUUGUGCUCUAAUGGACAACGGAAGGUACACAUUACCCGGAGUGUUGGAACUGAUUGCCGAGGGAUGGACUAACUACUUGCUUCACACCGGACCGACCAAAUCCAAACAGGUUGCUGCCACAAGAAUGGGUGUCCAGAUGGAGGAAGUGGAAAGACUUUUGCGCUCGGUUAAUCCAAGGCUCAGUCAAUUGUCGGCACCGGAUGGUGAUACUGGUCAGGGUCAUGUACUGGAAGCUUUGUUAGACGAAAACGCAUUCAACGAACCCGCGAUGCAACGAGCCCGACUCCUAUCGUACCCGAGCAGACUGGCUGCUCAAGGUAAUUCUCAUAUCUAUGCCUUUAUUCCAUUUGGUAAUCCUCUAUUCGAAGAGCUUUUCAACGAUCUGAAACCAUGGCCUUUUCACGGGAAUAUUUAUGCAAUUCGUGGACAAAUUUCGUUUAUGAAUGAGAACAAAAAGUUGUUUGAUGUCUACCAUAACACACUGACCGGGAUGAGCCGGAUAAAUUCGUCCUCGGCGACCACGGUUGAGACCAAGUCCGGUGAAAAUCGAAGAUAUUGGUUGACUGGAACGCUGGCCGUGGCGCAAAAUGCGGAGAAUGAGGGCGAAGAAUCUGCUUUGAAUGCGUUUGCCAACUGGAUUCGUUCAACCGACAUCGAAGAAUUCAUUAUGGAAUAUCUGGAGGCCGAGAACAACAAGAUCGCAGCCAGAAAUGCUCGAAUCAGUCGGCACCCAGUCCCGGACGUGUUCAACGAUCCCAUCUGA